AUGCCAGUCCACUACCAGCAACCUUCCAACUUUGACAAGUUCAAAAUGGGCGCCAUGAUGGGCGGUACCGUCGGUGUCUGUGUUGGUGUUCUCUUUGGAGGCUUUUCCAUUUUGCAGCAUGGUGCUGGACCAAACGGUGUCAUGAGAACCUUGGGCCAGUACAUUAUGGGCUCUGUUGCUACCUUCAGUUUGUUCAUGUCUAUUGGUUCUGUCAUCAGAUCUGACACUGGUUUCCAGGCUCACCAGCAGGCCAUGAUUCUUGCUAACAAGCAGAGAUUGAGAAACAUGUACGGUGGUUUUGAGCAUUAA